UCUCUUUUGUCACAGACGGGAGGUGUUUGUAAUACUUGUGCUGGCAGCACACUUUGCACCGAGCCGUGAAGGGAACAGGAAAACACAGCAGCACAAGGCCGAGUUUGUUUCUAUCCACCUGAAAGCAGCAACACAACGACCAAUAUGGCCAACAGGGGUCCAGCGUACGGCCUGAGCCGCGAGGUUCAGAGCAAGAUUGACAAGAAGUACGACCCGGAACUGGAGGAGAGGCUGGUGAAGUGGAUUAUUGCCCAGUGUGGCCCCAACGUUAAAGAGCCCGAGAAAGACAAGGCUGGCUUCCAAAUGUGGCUCAAGGAUGGAUGUGUACUGUGUGAGCUCAUCAACAGUCUGUAUGGAGCCAACAAACCCAUUAAGGCCAUUAAAACCUCCAGUAUGGCCUUCAAGCAGAUGGAGCAAAUCUCCAUGUUCCUUAAAGCCGCAGAAAGCUACGGAGUCAUCAAAACGGACAUGUUCCAGACUGUAGAUCUUUAUGAAAGCAAAGACCUGGCUGCUGUCCAGAGGACCCUGCUGGCCCUGGGUAGUUUGGCUGUCACCAAGAAUGAUGGGAAUUACAAAGGAGAUCCUAACUGGUUCCCCAAGAAGUCGCAGGAAAACAAGAGAGAUUUUUCAGAGGACCAGCUGAACGAAGGCAGGAACGUCAUCGGCCUGCAGAUGGGCACAAAUCGAGGAGCAUCUCAAGCUGGUAUGACGGGCUACGGACGGCCGAGGCAGAUCAUCAACAACAACCCCUAAAGCAGGGCGGGUUUCCUAUAACCCUCUGAGGUCCUACGAGGAGAAGCUAUGACUCUGACUUUGGCCGUGAAGAGAAAACUGACCUGACUGGUCAAGAAAAACUGGACCAAAUUAGGGACCAAAGAAAACCUGAGCACAUAUUACAUUGAGACCUUAAGCUGAUUUUUGAAGCUUGGUGCAUUGUAGAUUUGUAGCUACACCUCUGCUUGUCUCCUGUGAAUUACAUUUUGAAAUUCAUUAUGUUUCAUUCACAACAAAUUUCUAAAAUCAGGUUUCUGUGGGAAAGUUAUGAACAAAUGCCAUCUUGCCUGUACUGGGUAAAACUUAAAGAUUUUAUCUGAUUCGUUUUCAUGGAGGCUAAUGAUAAAUUUUGGCCCUAUCUGGAUUAACUGUUAGCUACAGGAAAGGCUACCCACUGAGAAAUGGUAGAAAAAUACUUCUUACGGGUAAGAGACUGACGGCUCAUAACCUCUCCACAAAAACCCGAAUGCAAACAUUUACGAUUGAUUUAUUUGUCAGUGUGGCCAGAAAACAUGUUGAGCAACGAUCAGUUCUCUGUUCUCCUCUCUGAUGUUCCACUAUUGUAACAGGACAGCUCUUAAAAAAAAAAAAAACAAACAAAAAACAAUAAAACUUCACCGGGUGGUGCAUUCAAGGACAUGCCUAAGUUUGCAAUGAAGGAAUCUACCAUUUAUUUAUUAGACAUCAAGUUACCAUCUGCAAGAGUUGACUUUCUGGCAGUGUCAUCAAUUUGUUUUGAACGUCUCUGUACAGUUGUGAAGGUACUAUGAGACAAAUCAAAGGUCAUCGUAUUAUAACUCAGCAUGGAGGGAAAUCUCAGCAAGAGAGCAAACACAGUAAAUUGCAGGAUAUGUGACCCAUUACUUCCCAGGAGCAAUUUUGAGUCUGUGCUUUAAAAAAAGUGAUCAGAUAUUCACACCCCUUAAGUUUUCUAUCUUGUUCCAAUAAGUAAAUCCAAUUUACACAACUAA